CAAUAACGGUCGUGUAUUUAUUCAUUGUUUAGCUGGAAUUAGUCGUUCACCAGCUCUUGCUGUUGCUUAUAUUAUGCGUCAUUUAAAUCUUUCUGCUGAUGAUGCUUAUCGAUAUAUAAAAGCACGUCGAUCUCAUAUAUCACCAAAUUUUAAUUUUUUGGGUCAAUUAUCUGAAUAUGAACGUGGUUUACCACUAUCAACAAGAACAACAACAACAUCAACAAUACCAAUGGUUAAAUGUAUUGCUACUACUGAUUCACCAUUAUAUGAUCGUAGACGUUUUCUACAAGUUGAAGGUUGUAGUUCACUUAAACGAGAACAUAAUAAUGAUCAACCAAAAAUUCCAUCACGUCCCAAAGGUUUUAAUUUCGAUUUAGUUAAUACACGUCGACCUCAAUCAUUAUUAUCUCCAUCAUCUGGUAUUGCUAAUCUAUCUGUUGAAUCACCUCAACCACAUCAUUCAUCAUUACCACCAAAAUUAUUACGUCCGAAUAGUAUAACAUUGAAACGUUCAUCACCUACAGAUGAACCUUGUCAAUCAUCUGAAUUAUUAAACAGUAGUUCUAAUAAUGAAUCAAAUUCAAUAACUAAUAAACGUGUUAAAACAUUACCACGAAGCACGGAUACAUCACCAUUAUUAGAAAAAAAUGAUUUGAUAAAUACAUUUUUUGAAGGUACGACAACAACAGCGACGACAACAUCAUCAUUAUCAUCAAAAUCAUUAAAUCGAUCGAAUUCAGCUCAAUCACUUGAUUCAGCAACUGAUCCAACAACAACAACUCUAAAUAAAAGUCGAACAAAUUCAUUGAACUCAAGUCGAGAACUACUUGUUUCAUAG